AUGCCCAAGAAGCUAUCCAAAAACCCGCUCCCUCAGAGCUCCUCCACCAUCUCCUCCCUUUCGACGAUAACCACCUCGUCGACUGCUUCAGGAAACCCCGUCAACCCGGCCCUCUCCCUCCUCCCGCCAUCCCUCACCGACCCGUCUCUGCCACUUCCAAAGCUCAUCGUUUUCGACCUCGACUACACCCUCUGGCCGUUCUGGGUCGACACCCACGUCACCCCGCCUCUCAAGCCCAACGCCCAGCACUCGAGCGCGACGGACCGCUACGGCGAGGACUACGGGUUCUACUGCGAUGUGCCCAGCAUUCUGUACACGCUCCCCCGCGCGGGUCCUAGGAUUGGUGUCGCAUCGCGAACUUCUGCGCCUGGCCUUGCGCGCGACCUACUCAAGAUGCUGCACAUCCCCGCUCCCACGCCCUUGACCGACGACGCGACUCCCGCACCACCAAUGGGCAAGCCCGAGAAGCCGAAGCGCGCGCUGGAAGUGUUUGAUGGAUUGCUGGAGAUUUACCCGGGCAGCAAAAUACGGCACUUUGAGAGCCUACAGAAGCGAACGGGAAUUCGGUACGAGGACAUGCUGUUCUUUGACGACGAAAGCCGGAACCGCGAUACGGAGAGCCUGGGGGUUACCAUGUGGCUUGUGAGGGAUGGUGUUUCGUGGGGAGAAGUCGAGGCGGGAGUUAAUGAGUGGAGGAAGAGGAGGGGAUUUGCCAAGAUGCCAGAUGCGACAGAGUUGCCGUGA